UUGGCUUAUUCUUAUUGCAAUGGACUUGUCAAAGAUUGAGUUUGGUGCUGAGAUGAAGAAAGAGUGCUUCCAUUUUGAGGAGGGUUACGUCUUUAUGAAUCACGCGGCUUAUGGAGAGGUUCCCGUUCUGAUACGAGACAAACAGAAGCAGUUGUUGGACGUUCAGAACGACAACACCGGGACCUACUUCCGGGAAGUCCUACCCCGGAUGUACAUGAAAUCUUUGCAAGCAGCUGCCGGGUUCUUGGGAGCGGAUGUCAAUAAUUUGGUUUUUGUCCAAAAUGCCACCACAGGGGUGAACACAGUUUUGAGAGCCUUCCCGUGGAAGGUUGGGGACGAGAUAUUGACAACAACGUACACAUACGACGCUGUGAGAAAUACCUGCAGCAGGAUUGUUCAAAUGUUCUCAGGGCACGUGCGUGAGUUACAGAUACAGUUUCCUAUCAAGGACGUGUCGGAGCUGACAGAGGCUAUGACGUCAUGUCUGAAAAAAUAUCCCAAUAUUAAAGUUGUGAUAUUAGAUCAUAUCACGAGCUCUACUGCACUACUGUUCCCUAUCAAGAAAAUGAUAGAGGAGUGCCGAAAGCGCGGGGUUUUGGUUUUGAUUGACGGUGCUCAUGCUCCAGGGCAAGUGGAGAUAAAUCUAGAGGAUCUCUGUCCAGAUUUCUACGUCGGAAAUUUCCACAAGUGGUUGUAUACCCCUCGGGGGUGCGCUUUUCUCUGGGUCCACAGGGAUCACCAGAGUUGGUGCACUCCCCUCGUGACGUCGAGACAAUAUAACAACGGCUUCCAGAUAGAAUUUUGUGUACAAGGAACAAGAGACGAUAUUCCGUACUUUCUGGUUCCAGAUGCUAUCCUGUUCCUUAAGGAAUUGGGUGGGAUGGAGAAGAUAAAUCGAUACAAAAGAGAUUUAUUGGACAAGGCCACAAUUAUGUUAACGGAGAGACUGAACACCGACGUCCUUCAGAUUCCCGGAUCUAUGGAAGCCCCCGGAAUGAGAAUGGUCCUGUUACCGGAAUACGAGGAUUACCCUAAAACAUUGGAAGGCUCGGAGAAACUGUUCAUGGACCUGACCCACAAAUACAAGACCAACACCGCUAUAUACCACGUCCAGGGAGAGCUGUACAUUCGGGUAUCUGCCAACAUCUACAACGAAAUGUCAGACUACCAGAAACUGGCGGAUGUCCUGUGUCAGCUACCGAGGAAACAUUGAAUAUAACAUCAGGAUCAGCUUUCAGAGAGAGAGAGAGAGAGAGAGAGAGAGAGAGAGAGAGAGAGAGAGAGAGAGAGAGAGAGAGAGAGAGUUCAGCAAUUGUAAUUAUCGGUACAUACAUAUGUAUCUACUAUUAUAUUGCUAUAUACAAGGAAGUAUAAUUUACACGAAUGGUUUUAAAAGAUUUUUCGGUCUUUCUUCUGUAAGUAUGUAUCAUUUUUUUAAUUAUGUGCAGCAUUGUU